UCAUCCAAACCUCUCAUUUUUCUCCAAAACCAGAAAUCGGAAGCCACAGGAAGAGGAAGAUGCAGAUUAAGGUGAAAUGCAACUGUGGCGAAACCAAUUGCUUGGAGUGGGCAGUCGUCGAGUUGCAAGGUGUUGUUGAACCUCAAUCUUCUUUCCAAGAUCGACUCCAAAACCUUGAAAUUGGCGUUCUAUGUCGGCCCUCUGCUCAGGAAGUAUUCACUUUCACUGUAGGGUAUCAUGAGCUGACAGGAAGUAAAGUGCCAUUGAAGAAGCCACUGUUGGUGCUGAAGAAAAAAACAUCUGUGAAUGAGGAUCAGAGCAGCGAUUCCAAUUCGACUAGUGCAGAGUUGGAAGUCAUUGGGAUAAUCAGGCAGCGGAUUCUGUUUAAGACCAGACCAAAGGCCCUCAUAUCCAAACCACAGCCAUUGGUGAAAGAGAGAUCUCGCUGCUCAUCUGCAGUGACAGACCAAACAGCAUGAACUCUUUAUGUGGUUAAAGAUGUGAAAUUCAAUCAUAUCUUUAUUGGUUUGGAUUCAAUCAGAGAGAGGUGAAACAACAUGAUUCAUGAUCCGCUCAUCCUUUUAUAGGAAAGAGAAGAGAAGAAAAGGAAUGUUUUUGGCAGGCUUAGUUAGCCCCUAGUACUAGUAUCAUACUGUAACAAGUAAGUUCCCUCCCACCCUUACACUACAAUGUAAAGCACAUUGAUUGUUCCUUUCCAAUUUUAUUCUAUUUUAGUCUUUCGAUUCUUCAAACCAAAUGUUUGUCUUGAAGUUGGGAUAAAAAUCAUUUGGUAACUAUUAUUAGUUUGAAUGCAAAGACGAGAUAGGAACAUUUUUCCUUCGUUUACCUGGUCAA